UUAACAGUGCAUCCAUACGAGGAGACUGCCGACGUUGCAUGGUGCUCUUUGCGUUUGCUUUGGUCACUAUCGGAGUGGUGCUCGUUCAUCGCUCGAUGGCGCGCGUCAUGCCAGCGACACAUUCCACACUCGGUGCUUCCCGUAGUUCAUCACAAAGCAACGAAGAUCAUCAGCCUCAGGUUAUUCAGCAUGCUGCCACCUUCAGUUCGAAUGGCGAUGACGACGGCUCCCUUUUUGUGCAGACGGAGCCUGACGACGGUUCCCUUCUGCCAACGGAACCUGACAGCCGCAGUGGUUCCCUUGUGCAAACGGAGGCUGACGUGGUGAAAACGGAGGCUGACGGCCGUGGUGGUUCCCUUGUGCGAACGGAGGCUGACGGCCGCGGUGGCUCCCUUGUGCAAUCGGAGUCUUACCGUGGUUCCCUGGUGCAAACGGAGCCUGGCGGGGGUGGUUCCCUUGUGCGAACAGAUCCCGACGGUAGUGGUUCCCUUGUGCAAAUGGAGCCCAACGGGGGCUCCUUGGUGAAAACGGCCGCUGACCGCACCGGUUCCCUUUUGCGACCAGAGUCUGUCGCUGGUUCCCUUGUGAAAACACAGUUUGAUGUCGGUUCCCUGGUUAAAACAGAGCCUGAUGGCGGCGGUGGGGUCCUUGUGCAAGCGGAGACUAACGGCAUUUCAAUUCUGCAAACACAGCCUGAUGGGCUUGGAUCCCUUGCGCAAACCGAGAGGGGUGCCACCUCAAGUUGGCCGCUUUCAUCGGAGGAGGCUUCUUCGUACAGUGGACACGGGUCUGAUCUGCAGUGGCUUCAGGAGCACGUAGCCUUCGAGAAUGCCAGGGCCGUCAAGCAACUAGAGCAUGGAAGUGAAGGUGGAAGUGGAAGGGGAAGUGGAAGGGGAAGUGGAAGUAGAAUGCCAGACCCUCCUCUCAACCUGGCAAAGCCAAGUGGCAGGUACGACAACUAUCCGCCAGAAAGCGCUGACGAGAAACUGCAAGGGCUGCCAGUGGCUAUUUUCUCCCAGAUGAGUUUGGAAUCUUCAGGAUCUGUACAGUCUUCAGAUACCUCGCAACGACAAGGUGAGGGUCCUGAGGAGGAGACCAUGAUGCAGCAGCAGCAUACUGUCCACUUGCCCGCCCUCGAUCCAUCACCUACAAGCACCUCAGGGGGCGCUGCGACUUUGGGGAUGAAGCAUCCCUCCGAGUCGAUCUCCGAGUCUUCGCAGUCAUCAGAUAAUUCAGAGUUUUCAGAACCUUCAGACGAUUCACGGCAACGAGGAGGUAAUUCUCCAGUCAAAUUGCCGUCAGACGAUCGCAGCAGACGCGUGGCGAUGGCAGCCAGAAGCCACCGCACCAGCAUGCCAAAUCUGCGGCCGCAGGGAUCGCAAUCUUCCACUGCAUUGCCUGUUUUUCCCUGGGAAAUCGAGGGUGAGACAGCGGGGCGGGCAAUGCAUCAUGGCAACGAUGCGGGCUCCAGUUGGCCAAAUCUGUCGUCUCAGGGAUCAAAAGCUUCCCCUUUAUCACUUGAUCUUCUUCGGGAAAUCGACAGUGAGAUAUUGAGGAGGACGAUACUCCGUGGGAAUGCAGCAGAGUCUCUUCCUGGCAUACGGGAGACGACUCGGAGUCAUGAGCGUUCAUUUCUCUCUAGUGAAGGGGAGGGGGCUGUCAUCAUGGCCCGAGGUGGGGGUAAGAAGAGACCGCCUAUCGCAACAACUACCACCGGCCGUUUGUCCAACACCGUCGACUUCUCCGUGAAUGCUUCUGAUGUGGACAAGACAGAUCUUCUUCGCAAGUCCAUAGACGGAAAGGUGGCCGAACUUCUCAAGGCCUCGGUCAAGUUUGUGAAGAAGCAAUGGUUCCUCAAGUCUAACGUUGACUCUAUCAAUUCCCAUCAUGGAGCUCCUGGAGCUGGAACUGGUCCGAGUACCGACAGUGCCGUGGCACAAAGAUCGACUACAAUGACGGUUCGGCCAGAACAUGCAUCCGAUGGUGGCAAUUCCGGUGAAGCACGGCAACAUGCAUCCGACGGCGGUCCCGAUCAAGCGUCGCGACAUGCAUCCGACGACGGUCCCGAUCAAAUGUCAGGACAUGCAUCCGACGACGGGCCCGAUCAAGAGCUGGGAGAUCCCCGUCCCAGUGGUUACUUGGACGGUCGAAGCCAUCAAAGUAGUAGACCACGUUUCACGUGCGAUUUGACCGAAGGAGUAUGGGUCAAAGAGAGGGAGAGUUCAAGGUCUUACUCCGUAUAUCAUCCAGAUAAAUGUCCCUUCGUCUCGCCCAGUCAGAAUUGUCGGGCCUUGGGGCGAAGAGAUCGCGAGUACGAGAUGUGGCGCUUUGAGCCAAAGAGUUGCGACCCUGAUCUGUCAAUGCAGUUGCGCACUGGGUAUAGUAGAGAUAACAGCAACAGCCUUGUCGAGUCGCUGGCAGGAAAAAGGCUUGCAGUUGUGGGGGACUCUAUACUGAGAAACCUGUUUGAAUCUCUGGCAUGCCUCCUCCAUCACAGACAGGGACUGCCAGAAACUAUCAUCUCUCGAAGUAAGGUGAAAAAGUACGUUUGGCCAGAACACAACCUAACCAUCGCGUUCUAUCGAACACCAUUCCUUAUAGAGGACAGACAGGCGGCUGUGUCAGAUACGGAAGAGGACAGAUGGAAAAAAGUUAUUGUGGAGUUGAAAUCUGUGAGCAGCACGUGGAGAAGUGACGUAAGCUCAUACGAUGUCCUCGUCAUCAAUUCAGGCCAUUGGUGGAACUCUUAUAAGCUGGACAUGAAGGGAGUGAGUGUUACACUGAAUGGUAAAGAGAUGCUUGAUGUUGAUGUGUAUGAAGCCUUCUCGAUUGCCAUGGAGCAUGUAAUGCUCUGGCUUGCUGACACAGAGAGGAACGGUGGGUUCGCCGGCGAUGUGAUCGUACCACUCUCUUCCCCCCAGCAUUUCCAAAAAGGUGAUUGGAACACUGGAGGUGUGUGCCCAAACGUCUGGCCGUUGAACGAAGAAGAGCUCAAGGAGCAUCGGGAGAGAAGGUCGUGGAUCGACGAUAAAUUCAACGCGGCACUGAUCGCUGCCGCCAGAAGUGCGAACGAGUUAGCUUUCCGGCGAGGAAGGAAUGCCGUGGGCAAUAAGUUUCGAGUUCUUCCACUCACGCGUCUGAGCGAAGCACGGGCAGAUGCCCACCCUGCGUCCUAUGUUCAUCCCCAGGGCAAGGUCAGUGACUGUUCGCACUGGUGUUUGCCGGGAGUGCCAGACGUCUGGAACGCGGUGCUGCAGUUGAUGCUCACUGACGCCGGGAAAUUUGUUGGAAUGGUGGAUAACAACAGGGACUACUACCCUGACGAUUCUCUGUACGCCACACGCCACUAAUUUUUUUAUUUAUAUUUUUUUUUAACCCAACGGACUCAAUUAGGAUCGUCGUCAUAGAUUCUCAUAAUGUACUUUAUUAGAAGUUCCCUAGUUUAAUUUAUUUAUUUUAAUUCAUUUUAAUUUAUUUUAAUUAAUUUAAUUUAUUUUAAUGUAUUUUAGUUUCUUUUUAUGUAUUUUAGUUUAAUUUAUUUUAAUUUAUUUUAAUUUAUUUUAAUUUAUUUUAAUUUAUUUUAAUUUAUUUUAAUUUAUUUAAUAUUUAUUGUUUGUUGUAGUUAAAGAUGCACACCCCUUGGUCUUAGCCCGACGGGAGCGCCUUUAAGAUGAGUGCAAAGAGUGCAACUGUGGUGACAGUGGGCUGGCUCCAUGAAGUGCAUGGCCUGCCCUUUUUUUCACCUGCCGAAGCUUCCCGGAAGCUUCUUGCUUGUUGGUCACACAGAUGAGAUGAUUAGCGCACGCCUCAACAAAAAAAAGACUUAGUGCGUAUUUGUGUUUCUGUCACUCUGUGCACAAAUAGUAAAAAUUGUACAAUAGU